ACGGCGCAGUCGCUGCGGAGCGAGCGAGCGGGCGGCUGAGGGGCUGAGAGGAGGAGGAGGAGGCGGUCUGUCUGUGUCCGCGUCUCGCUUUCACACACGGCUGAGGAAAUGGCGGAGGAUGACAAGUACGAGGCCGGCUCGGCCGCGCCGCCGCCGAUAGGAGAGGCCGAGGAGGCCGCCGUCAACGAUCACGACCGGCAGCAGGAGGAAGAAGCGGGCCUGGCCGAGAGCGGCGGCGAGGGCGGCGGGAGCACAAACGGGGUGAAAAUGGAAAAUGAUGAAGCAGGAAAAGAUGAGACCUUACCAGCGAAAGCAAAGUAUAUUUCAAAACCAAAGGCAAUCCCAUCUCUUGGACACAGGAAUAGAUUUCAUCCAUAUACGAAGGAAAAGAGUGCGGGCACCGGGGAAAAGAAGACUGUUAAUCAUAAUAGAGUAUUCAUUAGCAACAUCCCAUAUGACAUGAAAUGGCAGUCCAUUAAAGAUCUUAUGAGAGAAAAAGUUGGUGAGGUUACAUACGUGGAGCUGUUUAAGGAUGCAGAAGGAAAAUCAAGGGGUUGUGGUGUGGUUGAAUUCAAAGAUGAAGAAUUUGUAAAGAAAGCCCUAGAGACUAUGAAUAAAUAUGAUCUUAAUGGAAGACCACUUAACAUAAAAGAGGAUCUGGAUGGUGAGCAUGCCCGCAGGGCACUGCAGCGUGGCAGUGGGCCAUUUACAGGAAGUCAUGGUCCAGAUAUAGCACCUGGCUUAAUGAAUUUGCCCCCUUCCAUACUUAAUAACCCAAACAUUCCUCCAGAGAUUAUCAGCAACCUACAAGCUGGCAGGCUUGGCUCCACCAUUUUUGUUGCCAAUCUUGACUUUAAGGUUGGCUGGAAGAAAUUAAAAGAAGUGUUCAGCAUUGCUGGAACUGUAAAACGUGCAGAUAUCAAAGAAGACAAAGACGGCAAAAGUCGGGGGAUGGGAACUGUGACUUUUGAGCAGUCCAUUGAAGCUGUUCAGGCAAUAUCAAUGUUCAAUGGGCAGUUCCUCUUUGACAGACCCAUGCAUGUGAAAAUGGAUGACAAGUCCAUUCCUCAUGAUGAUUUCCGUGCAGUAGAUAGCAAGACACCUCAGUUACCCCGCGGACUCGGAGGGAUCGGGAUGGGACUUGGUCCUGGGGGACAGCCAAUAAGUGCCACCCAACUGAGCAUGGGGAGUGGAAUGGGGAAUGUGACUCCAGGAGGAAUGGGCGUAGAUGGACCAGGUUUUGGAGGGAUGAACAGAAUGAGUGGAGGUGUUGGUGGAUUUGGUGGCAUGAAAGGCAUGGCAAACAUGGGAGGAUUUGGUGGAGUCAGCCGCCUGGGAGGAAUGGGAAGCGUAGAUGACUUCAGAGGGAACAUCGCUAGCGGAAUGAGUGGCGGCAUGGGAACAGGCAUGGCUGCUGGGAUGGGAGAAAUGUUCCGUGGUGGCAUGGGAGGAACCCUUGACAGAGACUUUGGUCGAAGCGAUAUGGCCUUGAGCCGUGGUUUUGGAGACACUUUCGGGAGAAUGGGUGGUGCAAUGGUUGGUGGUUUUGCAGGAGGCAUGGGAGCUUCUAAUAUGGGCCCAGUAGGAUCUGGAAUGAGUAGCGGAAUAAGUGGCAUGAAUAGCAUGACCGGUGGAAUGGGGAUGGGGAUGGGGAUGGAUCGGAUGAGUACCAGUUUCGAUCGGAUGGGACCCACUAUGGGAAGCGGCCUGGAGAGAAACAUUGAUAUGGAUCGAGGAUUUGUGCCUGGCCCCAUGGGGAGUGGUGUGAGAGACCGAGUAGGCACCAAAGGCAACCAAAUAUUUGUCAGAAAUCUUCCUUUUGACUUGACCUGGCAGAAGCUUAAGGAAAAAUUCAGCCAGUGUGGUCAUGUAAUGUUUGCAGAAAUAAAAAUGGAGAAUGGAAAAUCGAAAGGCUGUGGAACAGUCAGAUUUGACUCGCCAGAAUCGGCAGAAAAAGCCUGUAGAAUAAUGAACGGCAUAAAAAUCAGUGGCAGAGAAAUUGACGUACGUUUGGAUCGCAUUGCGUAAUUUAUAAGUACAUGUUGGGGAACAUUCCUUUAGACAGUUUCCUGUAGCUUCUUCCUUUUUCCCCGUUCCCAGUAAAUCAUUUUUAGUAACACUGUCUGCUUUGAGUUGAAGAAACGAUACUUUUAAAACCACCCUUCACCCCCACCCACUCAGCCUUUAACAGUAUAGUGUUUAAUAUACUGUGUGAACUUGUUAAUUCUUACUACAUUUUGAUUUUUAAGAGAAACUUUCCUGACUUGUUCAGUGGCCUAAGCCGCCCCAUCUUCUCUUGUACUCAGAAGUUGUGGCCGUUUCAUGCCUCUUUAAAAAUCAUGCUAAGUGUUUCUAGUCAUUCAGUUUAAAUGAAUGGUUCUACUGUUUUUAAUAAAACAAGCCAUUUUCUCUGUUUAAUAAAAGUCUGUAUAGUGAAA